CUUUUCCUCUUUUUUUCUUUACUUUUUUUUUUAAUAUCUCUUUCUUUUUUUAUUACUUCUUCUUUUUCAUUAUUAUUAUUAUUAUUCAUAGUCAGUCGCCAUGCCGAAAUUGACAGCUAAACAAACUAAGAAAGAUACUAGUGCUGAUAUGAGAGCCUUUGGUCCUUUAUUCAACAAAGAUCUCGGUCAACAUAUCUUGAAGAAUCCUUUAGUUGCUCAAGGUAUUGUGGAUAAGGCCAAUUUGAAUUCAAGUGAUGUUUGUCUUGAAGUAGGUCCUGGUACAGGUAAUCUUACUGUCAAGAUCCUUGCUCAAGCUAAAAAGGUUGUAGCGGUGGAAAUGGAUCCUCGUCUUGCUGCCGAACUUCAAAAACGUGUGAAUGGAACUCCUGAACAACGAAAAUUACAUAUUAUGUUGGGUGAUUUUAUGAAAACAGAACUUCCUUACUUUGAUGUUUGUAUCAGUAAUACCCCAUAUCAGAUCUCGUCUCCUUUGGUCUUUAAACUUCUUGAACAUCGACCUUUAUUCCGUUGUGCUAUUCUUAUGUUUCAACGAGAAUUUGCUUUACGAUUGGUAGCAAAACCAGGAGAUGAACUUUACUGUCGAUUAUCUGUCAAUGUACAAUUGUAUGCAAAGGUGGAUCAUGUUAUGAAAGUUGGCAAGAAUAAUUUUAGACCUCCUCCUCAGGUAGAAUCUUCUGUUGUACGACUAGAACCAAAGAAUCCUCCUCCUCCUGUGGAUGCCAAAGAAUUUGAUGGUUUAUUACGUAUCUUAUUUGUACGAAAACAUAAGACUCUUGCUGCUAACUUUAAACAAACAACUGUUUUGAAUAUGUUGGAACAAAAUUACAAAACCUAUUGUUCUGCGCAUGAAUUGAUGGUGGAUUCUGAUUUUGAUAUCAAACAGAUGGUACUUGGUAUUUUGGAUUCUAUUGAUAUGUCAGGAGCCCGGGCGGCCAAAUUGGAUUUAGAUGAUUUCCUCAAAAUUCUUCUCACCUUCAAUCGUGCCAAUAUUCAUUUCACAUAAUACUUCUUAUUUUUUUAAUCAUUCCCUCAAUACAUGCAUUACUUUUAGUUUAAUCAUUCUUCAUAUAACAUCCAUUUACAUCUAUAUUAUUAUAUAUCAUUGAUAAAACUAUUAUUUUCUCAUCCAUUA